AUCAAACCGAUUGCAAUCAAUUUCAAGUCAAUUUUGAUUCCCUUCCUCUCUUCAUGCUAGUAGUAAAUGCACAUACAUACGUGAGACCAGAACAAGAAGUCAGAUUGCCAAAGAAAGAACUACAUAAGCAGAAGCAGAAAGCUAUAAUGUGAUGGAAAUCCCAAAAAACUUCCAUUUCUCCCUAAUUUCUAUUCUUUUUCCUCAAGGAACAGAGCAGCCGAAGAGAUGUUGCAGAGAAGAAUAAAGUGGCUCUUCUCCCUCGAAUCUUAUCUUCCCUUUUACUUUCUCCUCCUCCGACAAAUACAAUGGAGUCUCUCUUUGAGUUUCUACUUUCAAAAGCUUUAUCAAGAAGAAGCUACCAAAGAUGUUAAUAUUAUCAAAAACAAAAGGGCAAAAGAAGGAAUUUUUUUGUUUUAAUAUUUUUUGGGCAAAGUAUAUUACUUUUUACAUGUUCUGAUUUCCAGCUCGAUCUCCACCACAAAGUACUUCUGGGUUUUGGAUUAUCUACUGUAUCUUGUUGUCCUCUUGAAACCCAUCAAUGUCGGAUUCAGGAGUUAACUUGUAUGAGAUUACUUGAAGCCUCGAGAGCAGAAUUUGAUCUAUCUCUCUCUUAGCUUUAUUGGACCUUCUGUGGUCCUGGGUUGCUGAGUUCUGGUAAUGGUGGAGUUGUCUCUUUUAAUGCGUAUUGGAGAAGAAUCAUUCUUUGAAUUGCUUGUUCGUUUCACUGAUCAAGCUACUAUGGCUAAUGCAACCUACCCUUCAUACCAUCUUCUUGUGUUCAUUGUUUUUCUUCUGAUUCCUCAUUCAAAUCAGUUACAAUCCUCUCAUGCUCACACCCUUCUGAGAAUUAAGCUGCUUUUGAAUUUUCCAAAAGUUUUGAGAAGCUGGAAUGAAAAUACAGACUUCUGCAACACAGACCCAAAUCCGAAUUUAACUGUUGUUUGCUAUGAAGAAACCAUAACUCAGCUUCAUAUUAUUGGAAACAGGGGAACUCCAUCACUGCCAAGGAAUUUCUCUAUUGAUUCUUUCUUCACAACACUCGUUAGGCUUCCCAGCUUAAAAGUCUUGUCUUUGGUAUCUCUGGGUUUAUGGGGUCCCUUAUCUGGUAAAAUCUCUCGUCUUUCUUCACUGGAAAUACUAAAUGUUAGUUCAAAUUUCUUGUCUGGUACAAUUCCUCGAGAGAUUUCAUCUAUGGGGAAUCUCCAAACUCUCAUACUAGAUGAUAAUAUGUUCACCAAUAAUGUUCCUGAUUGGCUUGGUGAGCUUUCAAUUUUGGCUGUACUGAGUUUGAAGAACAAUUCUCUGAGUGGACAUCUGCCUAAAUCACUAGGAACUAUGGAGAAUCUUCGAGUACUUUCCGUCUCAAUGAAUCGGUUAUCUGGACCAGUUCCUGAUCUUAGUAGAUUAACAAACCUUCAAGUGCUUGAUUUGGAAGACAAUUAUUUGGGACCUCAGUUUCCUAGUUUGGGAAGCAAGCUGGUUAGGAUUGUACUCAGGAAGAACAGGUUUAGCUCUGGGAUUCCUUCUGAAGUAAGCUCCUGUUAUCAACUUCAAUGGCUGGACAUCUCUUUCAACAGAUUUAUGGGGCCAUUCCCACCUUGGUUGUUUUCUUUGCCUUCCAUUACUUAUCUGAAUGUCGCGGAAAACAAGUUUACUGGAUUGCUUUCCAUCAACAUGUCCUGUAAUGCCCAACUGACUUUUGUAGAUUUGUCAUCUAAUCUCUUAUCUGGGAGCUUGCCAAACUGUCUCUUGAUGGAUUCCAAAAACAGGGUUGCCCUGUAUGAUGGGAACUGUUUGACUACUGGAAACCAAAAUCAAAAUCAAAAUCAAAAUCAGCAUCCAUAUUCAUUUUGUCGAAAUGAAGCUUUAGCUGUGGGAAUAUUACCUCACAAACAGGAGCCAAGGAGAGCUGCUAAAGUUAUUAUUGCAGUAGGUGUAGUGGGAGGUGUUUUGGGGGGAGCUGUGCUUGUUGGUUUGCUUUUCUUGGCUUAUAGAGUGGUAAAAGCCAAGGUCACUAAAAUGCCUCCAACAAAAUUAAUAACAGUGAAUGCAUCAACUGGGUACACCUCAAAGCUGCUUUCUGAUGCAAGGUAUAUAUCUCAAACAAUGAAGCUGGGAGCACUUGGCCUUCCUGCUUAUCGAACUUUCUCUUUGGAGGAGCUUGAAGAGGCUAUACAUAAUUUCAAUUCAUCAACUUUCAUGGGUGAAGGUUCUCAUGGUCAGAUAUUCAGAGGGAAGCUAAGUGAUAGUUCCCUAGUCGUUAUUAGAUGUUUGAAAGUGAAAAGAAGAUAUAGCACUCAGCACUUUAUGCACCACAUCGAACUGAUUUCAAAACUCAGACAUCGCCAUUUGGUCAGUGCUCUCGGACACUGCUUUGAGUGUGACCUGGAUGAUUCAAGUGUCAGCAGAAUAUUUCUCAUAUUUGAAUAUGUAGCAAAUGGGACUCUGAGAAGCCGCAUCUCUGAGGGUUUUGCAGGACAAAGACUCACAUGGACACAAAGGAUUGGAGCAGCUAUUGGAAUAGCAAAGGGGAUACAAUUCCUGCAUACCGGAAUUGUGCCCGGUGUAUUUUCGAAUAAUUUGAAAAUAACAGAUGUUCUGUUGGAUCAGAACCUCGUUGCCAAAAUUAGCAGUUAUAACCUGCAUUUGUUAGCAGAGAAUAUGGAGAAGGCUCCAACGGGAGUUUCUCCUUGUCGAUCAAAAGAACUUAUUGUUUAUGAAAGCUUAAAACAUGUGGAUAAGGUUGAUAUUUAUGAUUUCGGGGUAAUCUUGUUGGAAAUCAUUGUGGGAAGACCAAUCACAUACCUAGAAGAAGUGGAUGUUUUAAAAGAUCAGUUACAUGAAAGCAUUAUGGCUGAUGAUGCGGAUCAAAGGAGCAUCAUUGAUCUAGAAGUACGCAAGGCAUGCUUGUAUGAAUCGUUGAAGACAGUUACUGAAAUCUGCAUCAGGUGUUUGUCUAAGGAACCAACUGAGAGACCUUCUGUUGAGGAUGUUCUAUGGAACUUGCAGUUUGCUGCUCAAGUUCAAGAUUCAUGGAGGGGAGACUCUCAGAGUAGUGAUGGCUCACCAGUUUCAUCUUCCCAACCUCCAGUCCGGUAGCUUCCCUUCCCAUAACAGCAACAUUGACAUUCUAAAACCAUUAUGCUAGGUAUGGUCUGAAAUUGAUCAUGUCAUCUCUCUAUGAAGUUACCCCCCCCCCCCAAAAAAAAGUAUGAAGAGUAGGGUUAGUUCUGAGUUAGGUUUCUGUAUUAUGUAUACACAGUUGCAAAUACCCUGUAUGUAUCCUCAGUCCAGUACAAACAUUUUCUCCAACAAAUGCAUGUCUUCUGUGAGACUAUUUUGGUA